CCGAAAUCAUCUUAUUACAUAAAAGUAACGUAGCACUUCCAGAGAGUAUAGCCAAAAAUUCCAACAAUGAAACUGUUUAAUAUUGUAAUCUUGUACAGUGUGCUAUGUGUUACGACGACUUCCGCAUCUUCCUGGUUACGAAAUAAAACCCACAUUUAUUGCCCCGCCCUCGAAGCCACGCCCUACGUAACCCCACCCACCAAUGAAAGCAAAACUUGGGUAGAUUUUUCAAAAAUGGGAAACUGGACAGGCGACUGGAACAUUACAAAGAGUUCAACAUCUUCCAUAGGGCCUGUGGUGGACAUGAGGUGGACAUAUUUUGACAUCAAACAAACCAAAACGAUUAUCCUUGAGCCAUUUCGAACCACGUCUUUGUCCAUCUUUGCGCCUUUUAAAAUCAAACUUUUUAUUGUCACGGAACUGGAUUUUAAGGAAUCGCCUAAAUUCAAAGUUUCAAGAAGCACCAACCAAUGGUUACAUUAUACAUUUGUGUGGGAAAAGAAUUGUUUAAAAUUAUACGAAAACGGGAAGACCGAGCCAUUAAAAUCGUGGAACUUACCAGUCGACCAAGUUACUGACGUCAAAAUAAUAAGUAAACAAGAUAUACUAUGGAAAUUGCACGACUACAAACCAACCACACUAACCCUGAAUAACGAGGCAUCAUGUCUAGCUAUAUAUACAAUCUUGUGUCCAACUUGUUAUUUGGCAGUUUUUCAUAACGGUGUGAACAUUAUUAACAUUACUUCAAACACUAACUCCACCACAAUGAAAACGUGGCAAAGUGAUAUACUGAAAAAAGAAUUCAAAGAACACGACAAAAUUACCUUUUUCAGAAGAAAAACAGAUAAUAAUACCACCGACGGAUUUUGGGACUUCGAUGUAUCAUUUUGUCUCCCUGACUUUGCGCUAUAUAUAGCAAACCCAUCAACCAACAACUACACAUGUCAUACUUUAAACGAAGACGCAAAUCCACCCAGAAAUAAUAAUAAUAAUGAUAUUGUCUUCUGCGAAGAACCGGGAAAAUUGGGUAGGGAUUGUCAAACUAAUUGCUCGGAAAUUUUGGGACCAAAUUAUCCGAACUGUGAGGGCCACCAAUUAUGUACGAACGAAACAUGCGUCUGCCCUUGGGGACACACUGGAAAAAAUUGUACCGAAGACUGCAAGGAUGGAAACUGGGGACUGGACUGCAAGCGUAACUGUACCGAAUGUGGAAACUGCGAUAAAAAAAGCGGGAAGUGUUUACACCAGAGACAAAUUACAAUACUAAUGAUAAUAGUAGGCAUAUGUUCUUUCAUUGUAUUGUGUGUAUUUUACACACGCAAACAUUUGUAUCAACAUUAUGUAGCUGUUAGUACUCAUGUAGUUUAAUAAUGUUAGGUAAUUUUGUACUUGAAUAAUAAAACCACCCAGGGUAUUGUUUUAAAUUAACCCUGGGGUGCCUGGUUUUAGAACAACUGAAAGUACAACAUUAUUACAGCGUAUUUAUGUAUUUAUUUAUUUAUUUAUUUAUUUAUUGAUUUAUUUACUUAUUUAUUUAUUUAUGUAUUUAUUUAUUAUUGUUAUUGUAAAUUUGUGUCAUGUCCUUGUGGUCACCCUUCUAGGUAAAUCUGGCCUGGACAUCGUCGUUAAACAGGGAAGUAUAUAGCAAAAAAAUGAAAUUGUUCUACACAUUUGUAUAAUUCCAGCCACGUGGAUCACUAUGCCAGGAGGGUGCAAUACCUGGACUCGAAAGAAGGAAGUCAUCAAAAAUUCUUAGGACAAUACUGAAGAAGGGUUGAGAUCACUAAUCAACAAAAAGUGGGCUAGGGGGCGGAGAUCCCCCGGUGAGUUAUUUCCUUCUUAACAGCAGAUACGUCAUGUGUAUCUCUUUUCAUUUUCAUGUUUGAGGACACAAUUGUGGCGAGACCGGACCUGAACUACGCGCAAUCUUGCUUCGAAUCAUUUUACACUACUUGGUAAUAAAUAGUACAAUUUUUCCACUGUUA